GAAUUUGUAAUGGAUGUGAAAAGAAAGUUUUGGAAUAUUCUUCCAGUCUUUUUAUUGCUACUGAGAACGUCGGAAUGUCACCAGUUUCGGAUCGCCUGGAUGGCUCCUACCAAGGAAUAUCACGGAGUGAGUGCCGCUACAAGUGUGGGGGGCCUCAAAAUUGCCCUCCAUGGCAUGGAAAAAGAGAAUGCUCCUCUUACAAACCACACUGUCAGGGUGAUGCACUUUGAUUCGGACUGUAACUCUAAGUCAGCCCUGGCAGCAGCCGUUGACGCACAUAUAAAUUUUGAGCCUCACCUUUUCCUCGGCCCUCCAUGUUCCGCAGCUAUGAAAGGUGUUGCUCAGUUAGCCUCCCACUGGAACGUUCCUGUAUUUGGUUGGGUGUCAAAUGACGUGGAAUUUGAGAACAGAACAACCUACUCUACUCUGAUACGACUUCUCGGGCCACUGAAUAGGUUCCCUAUCACCCUGCAGUACGUGUCAACAAUGUUUAAAUGGAAACGGUAUGCCAUGAUCCACGACGACCGCGACCCCUACAAAGCAGUGGCUGAAGCCAUUAAGCUUACAGAUAGUAACUACUUCAUUAGCAGUACACACAUGGUCAACACACAGAUGCAGGAUAGUCAAGUUGCUAAGAUAUUCCACCAGGUCAGAAAGUACGCCAGAAUAAUCAUUUUCGCUGUUCCUUGGAUGGAGAUGAGAAAAUAUAUGCUGGUGGCCCAUCAACAGGGUAUGACACAUGGAGACUUCGCCUUCCUCUGUAUUCACGGAGACCUUUAUACAUGGGAUGUCAUUGAGAGAGACAUAACGUCAAAUAGAGGCUGGAAGAGGAACGACACGCAUGACGAUGAUGCACGUGAAGCCUUUGAGUCCGUCAUCCACAUAAACAUGGACACGUUGACUACUACACGAGCAAAGGAAUUCCAAGAGUUUGUAAUGGAAUACGCCCAUCAACAAAGUCCCAACUGGAUUAACUUGCCAAAUGCCACAAAGCCGGACGCAUACUCCCCUUACUUGUAUGAUGCUACCUUAGCCUGGGCAUUGUUGGUCGACAAAACCUUGUCCGAAAACGAGGCCCCCAACGGAAACAAUAUCUUUAAACGAUCAGGAGACUUCUUCGCUGAAGGCGUGACUGGCUACAUCGUGUUAGAUUCUAUAGGAGACCGCUAUCUGAACUUCCGUAUGAUGGACAUGCAGAAGGAUGGGGUGUUCAAAACAGUCAUAGAACUCAACUACAACAAAACAAGCUUCGCUGCAAGAACUACUGUAGAGAACCCGGACCUCAUUAGGUGGGGAGGAGGAAAGAUUAGCAUCAAAAAUGCCCCUCCUGAUGUUCCUAUUUGUGGUUUUGACGGCGAGAAAUGCAGGAAAGCCGAGAAAGAUAAUAAAGUCAUUAUACUUGGGUCUGUCACCGUGUCGUCGUUCGUUCUGGUUGUCAUCAUCAUAUUAAGCAUCGUACGGAGACGAUAUCGACGACAGAAGUUGUUAAAAAGUAUGCUGUGGCAAGUUCGAUUUGAGGAAAUAGAUUUUGUAACUGCACUUUUGAACGUCAGUGUUCGAGCGAGUUUUAAGACCCAGGGCAUGAGGCGGUCAAACACGAAAAAGAACCUAAUGAAGACAAAAUCCCUGGAAAGGAACAAUAUGGCUUACAAAGGUUCUCCUGAUCAGUCGCCCCUAAAUUGCCAUAAGCCAGAUCACGGUAGCACCAUGUUUGGGUCUGUUGCUUACAUUAGAGGGAGUUUAGUAUCGGUGAAGCGAAUGUCGCGAAACAGUGUCAACGUAACGAAAGAUGUACUACAGGAGCUCAAUCACCUGAUGGAACUGAAACAUCAAAAUGUCUGCGCGUUCGUCGGCGCUUGUGUGGAUCCGGGAAGAAUUCUGUUGCUAUGGGAAUAUUGUCCAAAAGGAAGUUUACAAGACGUCAUAUGGAACCAAAACAUUAAACUGGACAGGAUGUUUAUGUUUGCUCUGACACAGGAUAUUGCAAAGGGUCUUGAUUUCAUUCAUAAGUGUUCCAUACAUUACCAUGGUAAUCUAAAAAGUUCCAACUGUGUAGUGGAUAGUCGAUGGACAUGUAAAUUGACAGAUUUUGGAGUGCCCACUAUUAGACUGAUGGACAAAUGUUCUGCUAGUGUCACAGACGAGGGGAGUAACUCAAAAUUUUUAUGGACGUGUCCCGAAAUUUUGAGGUCAGACAAGAUAUAUGACAAACAGAAGGGAGACAUAUAUUCUCUUGGUAUCAUCAUAAAGGAGGUUUUCACCAGGUCGGGACCUUACACGGAAUAUCCGUUCCUUACUCCACAUGAGAUCAUAAUGAGAGUCAGAGAUCGCGUAUCUCGGACAGCGCCAUUCCGUCCAAUGAUUUCUGCGGAGCUCCGAGAGAGCCCUGACUUACAGACCCUUAUAGAAGAGUGCUGGAAUGAAGACCCACUUCUCAGACCUUCGGCUGCCAGAACUACGAAAGCACUCAACCGUAUAAAUCCGUCCAAAAACAUGACCAUGAUUGAUAACAUGAUCGCCAUUCUGGAAAAAUAUGCCAACCACCUGGAGGAAUUAGUGGCUGAGAGAACCAGCGAACUGGACGCCGAAAAACAGAAAACAGAAAACCUUCUCUACAGGAUGUUGCCACAGUCUGUAGCUGAGGACCUUAAGUUGGGCAAAACAGUGAAGGCAGAACAUUUUGAUGAGGCAACCAUUUACUUUUCUGAUAUAGUAGGAUUUACAACCAUUUGUGGCAGUAGCACUCCUAUAGAGGUAGUGAAUCUGCUAAACAGUUUGUAUACGCUGUUCGAUGACAUCAUCACUCGAUAUGAUGUGUAUAAGGUGGAGACGAUUGGAGAUGCAUAUAUGUUGGCUAGUGGUCUUCCAAAGAAAAACGGCCCUCGCCACAUCAGAGAGAUCGCUGAUUGUGCAUUAGACAUUCUAGCCUCAAUUACUACAUUCAGUAUACCCCAUCAAGAUGGCAAAAAUCUCAGGAUUCGAGUUGGUAUCCACUCAGGACCAGUAGUGGCAGGAGUAGUGGGAUUAGCUAUGCCGCGUUAUUGUCUGUUCGGAGACACGGUUAACGUCGCCUCACGCAUGGAGUCCACUGGACUACCUUUGAAGAUACAUCUCAGUACGAUAUCCAAGGAAAAUUUGGAGAAGUUUUCGGGAUACCAUUUACAUUGUCGAGGUGAAAUAACUGUGAAAGGAAAGGGGAUAAUGAAAACCUAUUUUCUGGAGGGGCGUGAAGGGUUUGAUAGACCCUUACCAGAUGUGUAUGACAACCUGUCGGCCUGCUCUACAAGUAUUCCUUCCACACCAGCUACACCGAUGUCUCCACUGGCAACGAUACCGGAAGUUGAUAUAAAGCAAACGUCAGAAGCAUGUCUACCAAUGAAAGACUUCGUUACAAAAAUGUUGUCUGGCCCGAAAGGGGAAGGAGUUGUGUCACCUGAUGAAUUCAUUGCAAACAUGCAUUCUGAUAUUGACAAUGAUGUUGUUUCUCCAGAAAUGAUUGUAACAAAAAUGUUGUCAGAUCUUGACAAGCACUUGAUAUCAGCAGAAGAGUUCAUGACAAAUGUGUUAUCAACGUCAGAACGGACUAAUGUCUCUCAUGAGAGUGAAGAUUUCGGAUACACCGGAAUCGGUGACAAAGAUGACUUGUGUAAACAUUCAGAACCUGUAAAGAACUUCAUCACACAAACUACACCAGAUCCUGACAAAGACAGUGUAUCGCAAGUGUCUUCAAAUGACGAAUAUGACUCUCUUAGCACUACGUACUCUGUUGAUAAUCCUUACAUAACACGUGACUUUCUUAGACACAUGCUCGAUGAUCACAGAGACGAACUUAAACGAGACGCAAAAACAGUUGAGGAAAGCACAGCAUUAUGA